AUGCCGCGAUUCCACGCUUUAAUCAGACGAACAUUCAGUUCAGCCAAAAAAACUACCCAAAGCAACACUGUAGUAGCAGAUGCAGCACCAAUAUCUGAAAAGUCGGCUGCGUUCCGGAGAAUGGUACGUGAUCGACUCUCCUUAGCUUCAUACGCAGAACUUGAGGAUGAUUUCAGAAGACUAUCAAGGAGUAGCAAGGUAGUAUUCGCUGGAGUAGGAUCGUUCCUACUUGUGCCUGGUGGAUUCGCACUAUUGACAAUACCAUCAGAGGUAGUCGACAACCUGGCGACACAACAGUUCAAGCUCAGUAGCACAGCACUGGCAUGGAUGUCAGCAACCACACUCGCAUUCCAACUGUUACGGUUUAAUAGAUCAGUCCUUGGAAUUGGACUAACACUCAUAGGCCUAUUCGGGCCUACAGCAGCGCUCAUAACAAUGGACCACCAUGAAACAUAUGGAUAUGCAAUAUUAAUGACAAGUUAUGCGCUAUUCGGAGCGGGAGUGACACCAUAUCGCAUUCCCUCAUUUUGGCGCUCAGGGAAAUCAAAAGAUACUCAUGAACGAACACGCAUAACCCCAACUCGACACAAAACAGCUGUACUACCUGUAUGCCUGGCCAAACCACUCGUCUGGAUAGUCGGACUCAACCUGGUGAUGCUUAUGUUGACGGCAGUGCGUAGGACCAACGUGAGAAAAGAACUUGAAAGCACGGCUCCUGAGGAUAUCAUAAAACGCUACGAGGCUACUUACGGCAAACCAAAUUGA